AUGGGAGAUGCGAAUGAGAUUUUGAAAAGGUCAGAUAAGGAAGAAAAGAUAGUUGCAGAGGAUAGAAUCAGCGAUGAGCAAGUAGAGAAAAAUGAGUUGGUGGGAUCUUCUGAUGAAGCGAAGGAUAACGAAGAAGAGGCCUUUGAGGAAUCAAUUUGUUCAGUGGAGGGACCUAAACCUCAAUCUUUUGAAGCUGAUGAUCUAACUUUAGAGGCAACUCCUGAAAACUCCAAGGGAGUACAAGAUUUUAGGGCUGAUCAUUUGGUGGUUGGAGAGAGCCAUGAUGAGGUAACCGUGAAACAUAAAAGUAUAACUACGGGAGAGGCUGCAGAAAUUUCUUAUGGUCAAAUUGAAUCAAGCUUGGAUGUGGCUGAGAACAGUGAGAUAGCUACUUCCAGUUUAGCAGCUGAGGAUGUAAAUAUGGAAACCGGAAAUACACAUUCUUUUUCGGAGAAUGGAUACGUCUCUCCUGAGAAUAAAGAGCUAGUGGCUGAAGUUAUCUCAGUAAGUGCCCGGUCCGAGAAUGGAUUGGUAUGUUUAGAAAAUGAGAAGUUCUUGAAUGAUAGUAUUAAAGAAGCAGCACGUGCUGGGACCUCAUCUCCAUUGGAGAAAUCUAGUUUCGAGGCAAAAGAAGAGACUGAACAUGAGACGGUUCAAAAUAGUAAUGGAGGACAUGAUGUUCAACAGAGUCCACAGCUUAAUAAGGAACUUGAGAAGCAGCUAGACAGCAAAGCAAAUAUAGGUCCAGAGAUUAAGGAGAGCGCACAUGUGGAAAGAGAAUUCGAGGUAUUAAGUUCUGUUUCAUCAACAGAGUCUACAAGUAAUGCUGCAGCAUUACCACCUGCUCGCCCGGCAGGUCUUGGACGUGCUGGUCCUCUUUUGGAACCGGUACAACGUGUUCCUCAACAGCCUCGUGUCAAUGGCAAUUUGUCUCACAAUCAGCCUCAGCAAGCUGAGGAAUCCACCACUUCGGAGACCGAUGAGCAUGAUGAGACCCGGGAAAAGCUCCAGUUGAUCAGGGUCAAGUUUUUGAGGCUUACACAUAGACUAGGGCAGACUCCACAUAAUGUUGUUGUUUCUCAGGUUUUGUACAGGCUUGGAUUGGCUGAACAGUUGAGGGGCAGAAACGGAAGCCGUGUUGGUGCCUUUAGUUUUGAUCGUGCCAGUGCCAUGGCUGAACAGCUGGAGGCAACUGGACAGGACCCACUUGAUUUUUCUUGUACGAUUAUGGUGCUCGGUAAAAGUGGGGUUGGUAAAAGUGCAACGAUCAAUUCUAUCUUUGAAGAAGUGAAAAUUUGUACUGAUGCAUUCGAGAUGGGUGCAAAGAAGGUUCGAGAUGUUGAGGGUUUUGUUCAGGGAAUUAAGGUACGGGUGAUUGACACUCCCGGUCUCUUACCGUCCUGGUCUGAUCAAGCCAAGAAUGAGAAGAUCCUGAAUUCUGUUAAGGCCUUCAUCAAGAAAAGUCCACCUGACAUUGUGCUAUAUCUUGAUAGGUUGGAUAUGCAAAGUAGAGAUUCUGGUGACAUGCCUCUAUUGCGCACCAUCAGUGAUGUUUUUGGACCAUCAAUAUGGUUUAAUGCUAUUGUGGGAUUGACUCAUGCUGCUUCCGUUCCACCAGAUGGUCCUAAUGGCACUGCUUCUAGCUAUGACAUGUUUGUAACACAGCGUUCCCAUGUCAUCCAACAGGCCAUUCGCCAAGCAGCUGGAGAUAUGAGGCUCAUGAACCCUAUUUCUUUAGUUGAGAAUCACUCUGCGUGCAGGACUAAUCGGGCAGGCCAGAGAGUAUUACCGAAUGGCCAAGUGUGGAAGCCUCAUUUGCUGUUACUCUCAUUUGCAUCUAAGAUCCUGGCAGAGGCAAAUGCUCUUCUUAAGUUACAAGAUAAUAAUACUCCAGGGAGACCAUUUGUUGCUCGGUCCAAGGCUCCUCCAUUACCAUUUCUCCUUUCGACGCUUCUGCAAUCAAGACCACAGCCAAAGCUUCCUGACCAGCAGUAUGGUGAUGAAGAUGAUGAAGACGGUUUCGAUGAAUCAUCAGAGUCUGACGAAGAAUCAGAGCAUGACCAGCUUCCUCCGUUUAAGCGGUUGACUAAAGCUGAGAUGGCUAAGCUUAGUAAAUCUCAGAAGAAACAAUAUCUCGACGAGAUGGAUCAUCGAGAGAAGCUAUUCAUGAAGAGGCAGAUGAAAGAGGAAAGAAAGAGACGUAAGAUGUUGAAGAAACUUGCUGCCGAGAUCAAAGAUCUGCCUAAUGGGCAUAGUGAAAAUGUGGAAGAGGAGAGAAGUGAACCUGCUUCUGUUCCAGUUCCCAUGCCAGAUUUAUCUCUACCUUCAUCUUUUGACUCUGACAAUCCGACUCACCGUUACCGGUCCCUUGAUUCCUCCAAUCAAUGGCUUGUUAGGCCAGUCCUGGAAACUCAAGGGUGGGAUCACGAUGUUGGCUACGAAGGCGUGAAUGCGGAACGGCUUUUUGUCGUUAAAGAGAAAAUCCCGGUAACUUUCUCAGGCCAAGUGACAAAAGACAAGAAAGAUGCAAAUGUGCAGCUGGAAAUGGCCAGCUCGGUUAAACAUGGAGAAGGCAGAUCAACCUCCUUAGGUUUCGAGAUGCAAAACGCUGGAAAAGAAUUGGCUUACACUCUUCGAAGUGAAACGAGGUUUAACAGUUUCAGGAAGAACAAAGCUGCAGCUGGUCUCUCUGUAACGGUCUUGGGGGAUUCGGUCUCUGCGGGGCUGAAAUUCGAAGAUAAACUGAUCGCUAACAAACGGUUCAGAGUGGUAAUGUCUGGUGGGGCGAUGACUAGUAGGGGAGAUGUUGCUUACGGUGGUAGUUUAGAAGCUCAGCUGAGAGAUAGAGAUUACCCGCUUGGUAGGUGUUUGUCAAGUCUUGGACUCUCUGUGAUGGAUUGGCAUGGCGAUCUUGCUAUGGGAGGGAAUAUACAGUCUCAGUUGCCUAUUGGACGUUCCUCUAAUGUAGUUGCUCGUGCUAGUCUGAACAACAGAGGGACAGGGCAAGUAAGCAUCCGCGUAAACAGCUCUGAGCAGCUCCAGCUUGCUAUUGUUGCUCUUGUUCCUCUGUUCAAGAAGCUGCUUGGUUAUUGUUCCACCCAGCAAAUGCAGUAUUGA